GUCUAAUUUUCAACAGUAUUCCAUUACUUUAUUUAUUUAAGUCGAAAACUCCAUUAGUUUAUUUAAUUUCCUUGUGGGGCUUGCACCCUGUGGCGGUAUAAAAAGGAGUCCCCGCCGGAAGCUGUUUUCCUCCAACAACAUCACCCUCCCUUUCCGUCUUCACAUCCCUUUCAUAACCGUCUCUUCUGUUCUCACAAAACCAUCACAAAACCCAAACCUCGCCACGUGAAUCUCGUGAUCCACCUCGUGAGUCGUGAUCAUCAAUUCGUGUGGCUCUCAACAAUCUCUCGAUCAUUCGCAUUAAUGCCGUAACCGUUUUUUAUACACACAACAAACAACACGACGUCGUUAAGCAACGAUCGCAGAUUCAGAAAUAGAAACAAUAUAUCUGGAAACGCGAUCGGUGAAAUGAGCGGGAAUAAGAAGGGGAAGAAAGUGGUGGUGACGGAGGAGGAGGAGAAGGAGGACGAUCAGAAGCAGAUUACGACGGCGGCGGCAUCGUGUUUGAGAUCUGCUUCUUCGUCGUCGACGUCGUCUUCGGAUGGGAGAGAAUACGAGGUGCAGGAUCUGCAUGAACGGUUGAGAUCGUCUAGAGGGAGCAGGUUCGAUCUGAUAGAGAAGGAGUUGGGACUUACGACUUGGAGGAAGUUCAGCAGCCAAGCGCUUCUCAAUGAAAUCAGAGGCUUCUCCAGAGACUUCGUUAUCCAUCCUGAUAACAGUUUGUAUAAGGCAUGGGUGAAAUUCAUUGUGUUAUGGGCAGUGUACUCAUCCUUCUUCACACCAUUGGAGUUUGGAUUUUUUCGCGGUCUUCCAGAGAAUCUCUUCAUACUGGACAUCAUUGGGCAGAUAGCUUUUCUUGUGGACAUUGUUUUGCGUUUCUUUGUUGCUUACAGAGACGACCAAACCUAUCGUAUGGUCUACAAGCGAACCCCUAUUGCUCUGCGGUAUCUAAAAUCUGGCUUUAUCUUUGAUUUUCUUGGAUGUAUGCCCUGGGACCUCAUCUACAAGGCUUGUGGACGCAGAGAGGGAGUGAGGUAUCUUUUGUGGAUCAGAUUAUUUAGGGCGCAGAAAGUCGUGGAUUUUUUAUACAAUAUGGAGAAGGAUAUACGCAUCAAUUACAUAAUUACUCGGAUUGUGAAACUCUUAGUGGUUGAACUCUACUGCACCCACACAGCAGCUUGCAUUUUCUACUAUUUGGCUACUACACUACCUGAAUCUCAAGAGGGGUACACAUGGAUAGGAAGCUUAAAACUUGGUGAUUAUAGUUAUUCAAAGUUCAGAGAAAUUGAUCUAUGGAAGCGCUACACGACAUCCUUAUACUUUGCUAUUGUUACAAUGGCUACUGUUGGCUAUGGAGAUAUACAUGCAGUAAAUUUGAGGGAGAUGAUAUUCAUAAUGAUAUAUGUUUCAUUUGACAUGAUUCUUGGUGCUUACUUGAUUGGUAACAUGACAGCUUUGAUUGUCAAGGGAUCAAAGACUGAAAAGUAUAGGGACAGGAUGACAGAUAUUUUGAGAUAUAUGAACAGAAAUAGACUAGGAAGGGAUGUCCGUGAACAAAUUAAAGGCCAUGUGCGCUUACAGUUCGAGAGCAGAUAUACUGAUUCUGCUCUCCUUCAUGAAAUCCCCAUGUCUAUUCGAGCUAAGAUAUCCCAAACAUUGUAUUUGCCUUACAUUGAAAAGGUUUAUCUUUUUAAAGGCUGCUCUUCAGAAUUCAUCAAUCAGAUUGUAAUUAAGCUCCAUGAGGAAUUCUUUCUUCCGGGGGAAGUUAUAAUGGAACAAGGAAAUGCUGUAGAUCAACUAUAUUUUGUCUGUCAUGGUCUACUGGAGGAAGUAGGCAUAGGUGAAGAUGGGACUGAAGAAACUGCUACACUUCUACAACCUCACUGUUCAUUUGGAGAAAUAUCUAUUCUUUGCAACAUUCCUCAGCCAUAUACUGUUCGCGUCUGUGAACUGUGCAGGGUCCUGAGGCUUGAUAAACAAUCAUUUACAAACAUCUUAGAUAUAUAUUUCUAUGAUGGAAAGAAAGUAAUGGGCAACCUUUUAGAGGGAAAAGAGUCUCUUCGAGGCAAGCAAUUGGAGUCGGACAUCACGUUUCAUAUUGGAAAGCUAGAAUCUGAACUUGCUUUGAAGGUCAAUAGAGCAGCUUUUGAUGGGGAUCUGUAUCAGCUAAAAGGUUUGAUUCGAGCAGGAGCUGAUCCUAACAAGACAGAUUAUGAUGGAAGAUCACCUUUGCAUCUUGCGGCAUCUAGAGGAUAUGAAGAUGUCACACUUUUCCUUAUUCAAGAAGGUGUAGACGUCAACAUCAAAGAUAACUUUGGGAACACGCCCUUACUGGAAGCAGUUAAGAAUGGGCAUGAUCCGGUUGCUUCUUUACUUGUAAGAGAAGGGGCCGCGAUGAAUAUAGAAAACGCUGGUAGUUUUUUAUGUACAGCCGUUGCAAGGGGAGAUUCAGAUUAUCUUAAAAGGCUUCUAUCUAAUGGGAUGGAUCCAAACUUGAAAGACUAUGAUUACCGAACCCCACUUCAUGUUGCAGCAGCUGAAGGUUUAUACUUCAUGACAAAGUUGCUCUUAGAAGCCGGUGCCAGCGUUUUUAUCAAAGACAGAUGGGGAAAUACUCCUCUUGAUGAAGCUCGGAUGUGUGGAAAUAAGAAUCUGAUCAAGCUAUUGGAAGAUGCAAAAUCAGCUCAUUUGUCAGAAUUCCCAUGUUCCCCUCAUGAAUUACUAGAUAAAAAGCAUCCAAGAAGUUGCACAGUGUUCCCUUUCCACCCGUGGGAUCCAAAAGAACAUAGAAAAAAUGGAAUUGUGUUAUGGGUUCCGCAGACCAUUGAAGAGCUAAUCAAAGCAGCAGCAGCAGAUCAUAUAGAAUUUUCUUGUGAUUCUUGUAUUUUAUCAGAAGACGCUGGUAAAAUUACUGAUGUGAACAUGAUUAAGGAUGGUCAGAAGCUGUAUUUAGUCCAUGAAACGCAUUAGGCAGUCAUAUUAUGGCUCUUAUACAACCAUUUCAUAAGAAUUAAGUUUCAUUCACACUCCUAUAUUUAAGUGGAAAUGGUGGGGAGACGAGAGAGAUAGGAAGAAAAAAGAGAGAAAGUAAGAAAUGUGAUAAGUGAUAUGAUUGAAAGAGAAGAGAGAGAUAGAAAAUAAAGGUAGAAAUGAAGUGUGAGUGUGAAUAAAUGUGGCUUCUUUUGAUGUGUUUCACUAUAGAAAUGAACACAUUAUUUGAUCUUAUUAAACGGUAUAGGUGGAGACAGAUCCUAUCAAAUUGUAUACACCAGUAAUUAAGGUCAAGUGAUGUGCUUUGAGGGCAGUACAAAAUGAUGCAUGAUAUCAAUACAAGAUUGGGUUGUACCUUGUAAGUAUCA